AUGUAAUUUUUACAUGGAUGUAGAAUUAAGUUGUUUAGUUUAUUUUAUAAAAAUAAUGUUCCUAAUAUAAUAUAUUUAUUUAACAAUCUGAAUAAUAGUUAAAACUAGUUUAAAGGAAUAUUUUCAAUAAAGUUUUAAUCACGCAAACAAAAUAUAAGAUCUCAAUAAGAAUAUAGGUCUAUCUUUUUACAGUUCUUAGUAAUAGGAGAGUCCUGCCUACAUAUGGAGAUAGCACAGCCGUGUGUUUUUAGAAACUUUUCACCUAUACCAAUACAUAGUUUUUAAAUUGAUAUCAAGACCAGUCAGAUUCAUUUAAUAUUUUAAAAUAAAAUAAAAAUUUAAAUUAACUCUACACAAAUUACAUAAAAAUUGUUAAUUCAAUUAUUACAGGCUAUAAGAAUUAUUUUAAUAUGA